AAACGCAACUUCAAACGACAUCUUUUAAAUCAUAAAAUUUGUAAAGAUUUUAAAUGUGUUGAUUGUGAUUAUGGGACAAAUGAUAAACACAACCUCAAACAACAUCUUUUGAAACAUAAAGUGUCUAAGGAUUAUAAAUGUGGUCUUUGUGAUUAUGGGACAAAUUAUAAGUAUAUGUUUAACCAACACCUUUUAAAACAUAAAGUUUCUAAGGAUUUGAAAUAUAGUAAUUGUGAUUAUGAGACAAACAAUAAAUAUAUCUUUAACCAAUACCGUUUACAACAUUCAGUUUCUAAGUAUUUUAAAUGUGCUCAUUGUGAUUACGGAACAAAUCAUAAAGGCAACUACAAACAACAUAUUUUAAAACAUAAAGAUUCUAAGGAUUUUAAAUGUGCUCAUUGUGAUUAUGGGACAAAUGUUAAAGACAACAUCAGACGACAUCUUUUAAAUCACAAAGUUUCUAAAGAUUUUAAAUGUGCUGAUUGUGACUAUGGAACAAAUGAUAAAGGUAAUUUCAAACAACAUCUUUUAAAACAUAAGGUUUGCAAAGAUUUUAAAUGUGCUCUUUGUGAUUACGGAACAAAUGUUAAAGGCAACAUCAAACGACAUCUUAUAAAUCAUAAAGUUUCAAAGGAUUUUAAAUGUGCUGAUUGUGAUUAUGGGACAAAUGAUAAACGCAACUUCAAUCAACAUCUUUUAAAACAUAAAGUUUCUAAAGAUUUUAAAUGUGCUGUUUGUGAUUAUGAGACAAAUAUUAAACGUAACUUCAAGCGACAUCUUAUAAAUCAUAAAGUUUCAAAGGAUUUUAAAUGUCCUGAUUGUGAUUAUGGGACAAAUGAUAAACGUAAUUUCAAACGACAUUUUUUAAGACAUACUGAUUCUAAGGAUUUUAAAUGUACUGAUUGUGAUUAUGUGACAAAUGAUAAACUUGUCUUCAAACAACAUCUUCUAAACCACAACAUUUUGAAAGAUUUUAAAUGUGCUGAUUGUGAUUAUGGCACAAAUGUUAAACGCAACUUUAAACAACAUCUUUUAAAUCAUAAGGAUGCUAAGGAUUUCAAGUGUGCUGUUUGUGAUUAUGAAACAAAUAAUAAACGCAACUUCCAAAGACAUCUUUCAAAUCAUAAAGUUUCUAAGGAUUUUAAAUGUGCUCAUUGUGAUUAUGGGACUAAUGACAACCGUAACUUUAAACGACAUCUUUUAAAACAUAAAAAAGUCUAAAGCUUUUAAAUGUACUGAUGGUGAUUAUGAGACAUAUGUGUUUCAACGCAUAAAAUAGUCUAAAAUUUUUUAAACAUGCCAAAUGAGAUUAAGAGAUAAAUGACUGAUCCAUAGAUACAUUAAAAAUUGUUCCAUUGCAAAUGCAUUUCACAAAAUUCUGAGGUAUAGCUAAUUGAAUUUUGUACCCAUUGUUGGUUUUGUCUCUUGUUUUUUAAAGAAAAAUGAUAACCAUAUGUAUGGGGACGAUCGAAAGAUGAUGGCGGCGGUGCAUGACUUUUAAUAGACUUUUGUGUUAACAUUGUAGGUUGUCCUGUUAAGGGAUAUUUUCUGUUUGACAAUAAAUCCUAUUAUUAUUAUUGUGUA